UUGUGGCUACGACGUCAUCCACAAUUCCACAUGCCGAAACAUCAAUGGCGGGUGAAAUUCGUGGAUCUACAACGGGGCAGCAAUCCGGCGAGGGCGAACGAGUGAAUUGGGAUCAAUUCUUCAAAGGACGGCCGCCACCACCGGAGGAUCUUGCACUGGAUUCAGUGAAAGGCUUGGACGACACAAACGUCCUCAAAUUUGAUGAAGAUGACGAGACAGAUUGGGGAACGAAGGGCGUGUUUUUGGCCGUCGCUUAUUUUCCGGGGAAAUUCCCCGGAGUUGAGGCCAUACGCGCGAUCAAGGCUCAAUGGGAGGUCCCGGUGAAGUUUCAGAUCCAUCCUACGGGGUGGAUUGUGUUCAAAUUCACAACGGACCAAGAUCGUUCGAAUGUGGUGGAGAAGGGGAAGUUCGAGCAUGGCCUAGCGACGCUAUACAUUCGCACCAUGCCGGAGUUUUUCAAUUUCGACAUCAACGACAUGAUGUUUGUACCGGUUUGGGUGAUCAUCCGCAACAUAUCUGCGGAACUCUACAACAAAAAGGCGUUGAGUAAGAUCGCUCAGAAGAUUGGCAAACCGGUGCAAAUGGACAAAGUUACGAGUGAGAUGGGGAGGCUAGGCUUCGCUCGGCUGCAUGUGGAGGUGGACGCAUCGAAACCCCUACGAUGAUCGCUCACACUGAUCAAUGCGAAAGGCAAAAGCUAUGAGGCCCCAAUUGAAUAUAGCUAUGAGCCGGUGUUUUGUGCAAAAUGCCAGACCCUUACGCACAAGACGGACCAAUGUAGAGCGGAGGCGGUGGUGAAGUGGGGACGAAGUCGAAAGCCCAAACCGGUGGUGAGUGUUGCACAAGAUCCACCGGCGACCACGGUAUGGGCCGGCAAACGAACGGUGCUUGUUGCGGAUCCGGAGUGUGAAAAGGAGGAGGAGGCCGUGGAUGUUGUGGUGACCGUGGGUGAUGAGGAUGGUGUUUCGGAGGAUGGAUCGACCGAGUGUUAUGCAGCGGAUGAGGAUGACCGGGGUUCAUUGGUGGAGUUUAAUGCCCUACACUCCCCCAAAUCCCCGGGGACGGCCCCCAAUACGAGGUUUACUAUAAAAAAGAAGUACCUUCCACCGGAUGCGAUUCUGAUGCCUAAAGAGGGUGAAUCAAGCUCGGGGGUGAAAGUUGUGUCGAAAUAUGUGCAAGAUGGACGUGAUGCUGCGGAGCCGCGGGGGGGCCUCAAACCCCCAAGGGCGAAAUGAUUGUGGGGUGUUGGAACGUGAGGGGGUUGCUUAAUUCCCUCACGCAGAAGGAGGUCGCGGACCUCAUUGGUAAGCACAAGAAUUCGGUUUGUGGCUUACUGGAGACGAAGAUUUGGGAUCCGGGAACGCUUAGCUCGAUUAUGGAUCGGCGGUUCCGGCACUGGAAGAACAUCAACAACUUUCACCUCCACACGGCAGGCCGGAUCCUUGUUAUAUGGAACCCGGAUGUGGCUCGGGUGGAAGUAGUUGAUAUGACGUCGCAGGUGGUCCAUUGCAAGGUAACAUGUAUGGUAUCUCAAAGGCUAUGCUAUGUUAGUUUUGUAUAUGGACUUUUCACACCGGUUACGAGACGGCCGUUGUGGCAAUCACUUGUGGAGUUUGGGGCGAGCAUCACCGAGCCGUGGCUUUGCAUGGGUGAUUUCAACGUGGUCCUUAAGCCUGAAGAAAAGUCGGGAGGUAAUUUGCUUACACCCUAUUUGCUGAAUGAUAUACAGUCGUGCUUUCGACAAAGUGGACUCGAGGAUUUACCCUCAACGGGCUUCCAUUACACGUGGACGAACCACACAGUGUGGAGCAAGCUUGACCGUGCUCUUGUCAACCAACUGUGGCGUGAUGUUUUUGAGGGUAGUUCGGCUCGAUUCCUACCGUUUGGAGCGGUGUCGGACCAUUCUCCGGUUAUUGUGCAAUUGGGUGGGACCGAACCCCCGGUAUCUCGGCCAUUUCGUUUUUUCAACAUGUGGACCCAGCAUGAAGAUUUUCGACGUGAAGUUAGUGAGGUGUGGACGGCCGAUUACCGGGGGAGUCGUCAGUGGGCCGUGUGCAAAAACCUCAAGGCCCUUAAGCAUCCUCUUAAGCGGUUUAACCGACGAGAAUUCGGGCACAUAUCCGAUCGAGUUAGACGGGCGGGGGGUGAGCUCGAGGAAAUUCAGCAAAUCUAUCAUAAUGACCCUCAUAAUCAUCAACUCUGCGGGGAGAUGCUGACCAAGGUGGAGAAAUUCCUCUUCUUGGCAAAAGCGGAGAAGAGCUUCUUCUACCAAAAGGCGAAACUUCACCAUUUACGAGAUUCGGAUCGCGCGACGAAAUUCUUCCAUGGGAUGGCUAAGCGGAAUGCGAAACGAAACAACAUUGUAGCAAUUCGCAGGGCGGAUGGUUCGGUUACUACCUCAAGGGAUGAGGUACUUGAAGAAUUUGAGUCCUAUUACCGGAACUUUUUGGGCACUCGUACUA